GGACGGUGUUCACAUCUCACAACCUAGUUCUUUGCUUUCCCCAAAGGAGGCGCCUUUGUAGAAGGCUUGCAUCAGACGGAGCUCGGGCUGAGUUGCCCGUAGAGCAUCUCCUUUGCUCUCACCUCUACUGUCUCUACAGGCCAACUCCACAACUACCGCUUGGCUCUUUUCUCUGCUCUUUGGAAACUCUCAGGAGAGAAAGUGCUGGUUGGAAUCUCUUUCCCCCCUCCAUCCUCCCCUGAACAGAAGAAUGCUUGCAGAAAUCAGAGAGAUUAUUUUUGGCCUAGGUUUCUUGCUUCUUUCUCUGGCUUCGGAAGCAGAGGCGAUAGCCGAUCUGGGCAGCUUCUGUUUGUUUAACGGGCAGCGGUACCACCCGGGAGAGAGCUGGCAUCCUUACCUGGAACCCCACGGGGUGAUGUACUGCAUCAAAUGCUCCUGUUUUGAGGAUACCAACGUCAGCUGCUAUCGAAUCCAGUGCCCUGCUCUCCCAUGCCCAAAUCCCAUCAUGGACCCGCAACAGUGCUGUGGCAGGUGCCCAGAGCUUUACAGCCAGCCCGACCUCGAGGAGCCCGUCGAUUCCUCCUGUGAAUACAACGGGGCGACGUACCAACACGGCGACAUGUUCACCGCCAGUGAACUCUUCCCGUCCAAGCUGGCCAACCAGUGCACGCAAUGCAGCUGCUCGGAAGGCCAGAUCUACUGUGGUUUGGUGACCUGCCCGGAUUUGAUCUGUGCUUCACCUCAGACUAUCCCAGAUUCCUGCUGUCCAGUCUGCAGAGAUAGUUCCUAUGACAGUUUAACAGAAGAGGAACCCCUGCAGCUGAACGGCCACUCACGGGAACAGUGCGCAGGGGAGACGAGAAGCGAAGUAGCUGAUAUGCCAACCGGUGCUUCGCUGGAGUUCGUCCCUAACAGCGGCAAACAGAGAGGGGGUGGCACGACAGUCAAAAUCAUCUUGAAAGAGAGGCACAAGAGAGCUUGUGCGUACAACGGCAAGACCUACUCACACGGCGAAAUGUGGCACCCAACCUUCCGUUACUUUGUGCCCCUGCCUUGCAUUCUUUGCACGUGCCAGGAUGGGAUCCAGGACUGCCAAAAAGUUGUGUGUCCCAGCGAGUAUCCGUGUGAAGAGCCCCGGCACGUCGAAGGGAAAUGCUGCAAAGUAUGCCCAGAUGACGAGACGGCAGCUGCCUCUACGGUCAACACCAACAAAUGCAGAGUGUCCAUCUACAUGUUUGUUGCCUCCGGGUCUGAGAAAGAUAACUUGAGGAAAAUUGCCGUGGAGCGGGAAUCCUCGGACGAAGUGGAGAUCUAUAUCUGGAAGCUGGAGAGAGGUAUAUUUCAUUUGGUCCAGAUUCAGAAGGUCAACAAGUUGGAGUUCAGGCAAGAAGUCCAGAGCUUCCGGCUGCUCUCCCAGACGAACGAAGCUUAUUGGAAUGCGUUUCUGGUGCAGGGGCCAGAAGUGAAGCUCACAGAGGGUCCAGACAAAGAAAUGAGGAACUUAUAAGAAGACAGAAAACGAGAGCGAGAAAGAGGAGAGUGAGUGAGAGAGAGUGUGUGUAUUAUAGUAAUAUAUACGACCAAGUUGCUUUAUUCAAUUGCCCGCUCACAGCAGUGACAUGACGCUCAGUCUACAGCCUGCCAGCAAGCCACCUACACAUCUGAGGAAAACCUGGCUGCUUGGAGUCUCAUUUCUCUUUCCCACAAAAGUUAGGGUUGUCAGCCUCCAGGCUGGGCCCGGAGAUCUCCUGGAACGACAAGUGAUCGUGUUACAACAGAGAUCAGUUAGCUUGAAUAGAACAGCCACUUUGUAGGACGGACUAUAACUCUAUACGGUUACUGAGGUUCUUUCUCUCGUCAAACUCUGCCUUCCUCUGGGUGCCGUCCCCAAUUCUCCAGGAAUUUCCCAACCCAACGUUGGCAACCCUAGCCCUGGGUGACUUGUCAGCUACUUAUUCCACACAGCAUUGUGGAAUCCAAGCAUUCACUUUUAACCGCCGUCGCAGCAUCUUCUUCCGACUGCUUUGAGGUCCAAGGUUGAAAAGAGGCAUCAAAUACUGUAAAUAAAAUAAAAUAAUCUUAUACAGCAA